AUGUCAUCACAACAGCUCGUCGAUUGUCCUAUCUGUAGCAAGCCCGUCAAGGAGCUGAAUAUCAAUCGACAUAUCGAUUCAGGUUGCCAUGAAUUCACCGACGAAUCACCGCCACCGACACAGCAACCUCCCCCGAAACCAACUCAGGUGGCCAGCUUUUUCCAAACUCCAGCUGCCAAACGGACUCAGAGCAUCCCCUCUUCUACCCAGCCCGUAAAUGGCACCGAGGUUUACAAGAAUGUCCAAAUUCCCAUCGCAACUCAGAAGAGACCUCUAGAGGAUGUCAAGGAAGAAGACUCUCAUCAACCUUUACCUAAAAGAUCCAAAAAUGUCAACCUGGAAAAAGCUGCCCCUCUGGCAGAAAGAAUGCGACCACGUACUCUAGACGAAGUACAGGGUCAAGAGCUUGUAGGCCCAAAAGGUGUUCUCCGCUCCUUGAUCGAAACCGAUCGUGUUCCUUCUAUGGUCCUCUGGGGCGGCCCAGGUACAGGCAAGACCACUAUUGCACGCCUCAUUGCUAAAACCGCAGGCAAUCGUUUUGUUGAGAUCAACAGUACAUCGUCUGGUGUUGGCGAAUGCAAGAAACUGUUUGCCGAAGCUCGCAAUGAACUAUCUCUCACUGGCCGCAGAACAAUCAUCUUCUGUGACGAGAUCCAUCGCUUCAGUAAAAGCCAACAAGAUGUCUUCCUAGCCCCUGUAGAGAAUGGCACAAUCACUUUGAUUGGAGCUACUACGGAGAAUCCCAGCUUCAAAGUCAUCAAUGCUCUUCUCUCAAGAUGUCGUACAUUCACUCUGUCCAAGCUAGAUGAUGAGCACAUUACAUCUAUACUCAGGCGUGCUCUGAGCCUUGAACCUCCCACGACACCUCACGCGUCAGAGUUGUUAGAAGGCAAUGACUAUGCACUACUUCGCUAUCAUGCAAGCUUUGCAGACGGUGAUGCUCGCACAGCCCUGAAUCUUCUUUCCCUUGCUCUGGAUCUGUCAAACGAUGCCGAUACCACCGUUGAGACUGUCAAAGAAAACUUGACUCGAACAUUAGUAUACGAUCGCCAGGGAGAUCAGCAUUACGACACAAUCAGCGCGUUUCACAAGAGUGUCAGAGGUAGCAAUCCUGACGCAGCACUCUACUACCUCGCUCGUAUGUUGCAGUCCGGAGAGGAUCCAGUCUACAUCGCGCGACGAAUGGUAGUCAUGGCGAGCGAGGAUAUUGGUCUGGCUGACAACACCUUGCUUCCGUUGGCAACAGCUGCAUACACGGCUGCCAAAGAGAUCGGCAUGCCUGAGUGCAGAAUCAACCUUGCACAUGCUACAGUGGCACUCGCUGAGGCGCCAAAGUCUACACGCUCAUAUCGAGGUCUCAAUGCCGCGUAUGCUGCUCUGUCAGAACCUGGUAUUGCCGGCAUACCUAUUCCAGUGCAUCUGCGCAACGCUCCGACAAGGUUGAUGAAAGAACUCGGCUACGGCAAAGAAUACAAAUAUAACCCGGACUACAGAGAAGGCAGGGUCGUCCAGGAAUACUUCCCUGAUAAGCUGCAAGGAAAAGUCUUCCUUCCAACAAGUCACCUAGGAGAGAAAGUCGACCCCGAUCUGCCCCCAGACGAAGAGGAGGAGCCGAACGAAGAACAGGACGAGGAUGGACUGGAGAAGUGGUCGGCUGAAGACGAUGGAACUGACGACGACGACAAUGUUGAUAAUGAAGAAGCAGAGCAGAACAUGGAUGGCGAAGAUUUGAUAUUGAAUCCUGAUGGGGAAUGA